GGACCACAAAAACCCUACAACCCUUGCUUCCCUGACCAGGCUGAAAGAAAAAACCGCCGCCCAAUAAACUACACACCCCAGCCGAAUGAUCUCAAACGCGACAUCCAUCAUGGGACUUUCCAAAAACUGAAGCAUGUCAGGCCAAUGAUGGCACGGUACUGUCAUACUCAGUUUGAUAGCACACCCGCAACUGUUCCAUUCCUCCUCCCAAACGAGCCCACUUUCCUAUGCGGUUCAUUGACCCGAACCAUCACCACGACAUUCAUUCCAACCUGUUGGACCUCUCGCUUGAAUCUAACCACUUUUGUGCCCUCAUCCAGCUUGACCCCAGCACUUAACUUUCCUACAACAGUGCAACCAUUAGGUGUUUCCCCCAAGCAACCAGCAUGCCCAUAUUUAUGGAGGCAACGAUGUUGCCUUCCCUCGAGGAAGGACGGUUAUAAAAGGUCGCUCCCAAAAACCGCACACUAUGAUCGCCAACGGUUGACCGUAACGUCAGGCGCAUUAUCCAAUACGGUUGCAAUUGUUUUAAAGCCAGAGAGCUUCGUGCUGCUCAAAAGGCACCCAGCCGCAUUAGGAAUGAAACAGCAAUGCAUUAUUCCCUGCGCCAUUGGGUUAGGCAAAUUCUCUGCAGCCGAGCAGCGCGGGAGUCGAAGUGCUUCGGAAACGUUCCCUCACACAGACGAUAUUGCCCUCCAUGGUGCAGAUCCAUUCAAAAUACAAACAAUUUUAAAUAACCUAAACAACUCUUUAUCAGGAAGGUCAGAUUCUCGAAGGCAAACUCUGAAUGCCAGAAAUCUACUCAGACCCUCACCUCCGCUUGAUGUUGACCAGAGAGACAAUGCCCCCGCAAUAUGCAGGGCGUCACAGCCUCGUACCAAAGCCAGAUCGCGCUCGUCGGCAGUGGACCAAGUUAGACAGUCUCCCUCCAAUAAAUUGCUUAAAAUCACCGACUGCAUCAGUCUUAACACAAUGGUCUGCAUCCCUUGCAUUGUAAUCCCUGCAGUAUUGUGGAUUUUGCACCGCCUACUCUACCCUCUAAUACUUUUCUUGUUCCCCGGAUUAAAGGAGCGAUUCCCGUUCCUAUGUCCAGGCGCGGCUGCGUCGGCUGAGAUGACCAAAGAAAAGGCGGCGGGACCGCAUGCGACGACAACAACAACAGCGGCAGUAGUUGAAGGAACGGGGGCAGAUGAAGCUCCCAAAGAGGAAAAAAAGAGAAAAAACGAAUAGCAAAAGCUUUUGAUCACCGUCGUAUUCUGUACGAUGGCAUGUUGUUUGGGUGCGUUAAAAUCAACGCAUAAUUGGACAGCGAGUUUGUUUUAAUUAUGAAAUCGGGACAGCGAACUGAAAUGCAGUUAGACAAUUUUUUGUUCAUAUAUCUACGUCCCUUCAUUGUGAUAUGAACUUUUUUCGUCUCUGUUUGUUGUAAUACACAACUUUGAUCCCACUAAACAUUACUGGGUUUCUUCGCUAUCCAGUUUUGAAGCGCGUUAAUAAAUUGUCAUAUUUCUCAGUUGAUUCGGUGCAUAGUUGUUCAUUGCACUCACUUAGACGUUUCGGGAAGAGAUGUUUCGUUUCACGUACUGAAUAGUAUCGAGAAUCAUGGCAUCCAGGAUUCGAGCUACUUGUUGGGCCUUUUGAUAACGCCGGGAUGCGGCUCGCGUGAAACGGUGAGAGUCCUGCCGAUGAGAAACUCGGCGCCCCCUCCCCGUUGUGAUGCUAAAGUGUCGAUCUAGACUGUCCAAAUCGUCUUGCAUCCGUCCACUUCGGGCUCGUCUUUCUACUGAGGCUCUCUGCGGUGUGGGUACAACGCCGGCGCCCCUUUUUGCUUCGGCCACUGGUUCGGAACUAUAAUGGGAUGAAGAUUGUUUUUCCAUCGAUCGUGCAGUUAGAUCAAGCCCCGUUUCGACGGUCAAGUCAGACGGUUCGGAUCUUAUUUUUCGCUUUAACUGUUCUCUUGUUUUGGCGGCUAGUAAGUCUCUUUCUUCUGGUGUCAUUUUCGCAAUCUGCUCUGCCAGAGUUAAUCCAUCCCACAUGUUCUCUGUUUCAAGGUCCGAAUGCUUCCUAAUCUCCGCAUCUAAACGCUUAGUCGUCUCGUCGAUAAAUGCUAAGAGUUCGCGACCUGUCAGCGUCAGCAAGCGAUUUAGUAAUUCUAGUUUCUCGCGUUCUUUAUCGGGUUGUAUUGAAUCAGUGAUCGGCGUAGUUACUUUCACCGUAUCUUCCUUACUGGGGACUGAAACUAGCUCCUUGGGGGUUGUCACGCUGGAGUGUUGUGAUGCGUCGCUUCUCAGUUGUUUCACAAAGGCUUCUUUGGCUUCCAGCAUCGCUGUGUCUACGCGUUGUAUCAAUUCCGCCACGGUAGAGAGUUUCGUCGUUAACAAAUCUGGUAAGCUUAGCAGGGGAUCGGCCAGCUUUUGGUUAACACUCAUCAACAAUUCAGCACGCGUGGUAUCUGCCAUCUGCGUAAUGACUUCACCCAUUUUCAUCUUCGUGUCAUCCGCGAAAAUUGGUCCGCCUAUUUGGAGCAGCUCAGUCAGGAGUUUUUCGGCUGGGCUCACAGCUGAUUCAGCUAACUGCUUGGUUUGGCUUUCGGCUUCCUCGGCAGAUUCUGCAGCACCGAUCUCCGACAUGUAUGGGGCCCGUAGAUCAGUUCCGUCUUUGGAUUCUAUUUCGCCUCUUAGCUGUGCUGUAAGCUUGAUUCGUUCCAUCUUAUCCAUAUCGUUCAGCUGCUGCACCAUAUGAAUAAUAGCCUCUAGUUCCUUCCUGUCCUCUGCUGGCAAUUCAUCUCCAGCUAAGGCCAAUCUAGCCUUGGCAUCUUCGACCAUUUUUUGUCUUUCUUCGUUCGUCAAAUUUAUCAUGCCCUCUAUGGACAUGGCAGCUGUCUCUAUGUACUUGUGUUCUUCCCUUCCCCUCUCCGGUAUCCACUCGGUCUGGCUACCGGGCACGACUGUAGUAUCAAUCUCAUCGGUCACUCUCUCCGGUGCUGCAGUGCUUUGGGAUAUCUCUUUUUGUAAAUCCAGCAUAAUGCGUUCUUUCGUAUCCUGCAGGACUGCAUCCACCGCUUCUGCUAAGUGCACCACCGUAUCAAGCUUUUGCCCUUCUGCCUCCAAUCCAGCUAAUUUUUCCAGCCUUUCUUUCGCACUUCCAGUCAGUUCUGUUCGCACUGGAUCCGACAGGUCAGCUAUUUGGCGAGCCAUGUAGAUCGUCGUAUCAUCCGAAAGGGAUGCACCUUCAUGGGCGAGCAAUUCUUCCAGCACUUGUUGUGCCUUCAUAUCCGUUGUUUGAGUUGUUUGCAUUUCACCUUGCUUCCAUAUCGGCUCGUGCAACACCGAUCCACCGAGUUCGGUCACUUUUUCACCGACACCACUUGCAGCAGUCUGUCCAAAGGAUGCUAAUUUUUGUGCCUCUAUUUGAGCGUACUGUUCAUCUAGUUCGGUACCUCUGGGAUCGUGAAUGUCCAUUUCUCUUAGACCCGCAAUCAGUCCCCGUCCACUUUGUUGUAUGUUACCUUCUGCUGCGUACGGGGCAGUGACGUCUUCCCUAAUUAGUGCCCCUUCUUGGUGCGCUUCAACUGUCAUCCCGACGGCCUGUUCAUCUGCCUCAGCCACCUGUCCCAGUUGUUCCUGAUCACGUUCCUCUUGCAGCGUUAUUGCUUUAAGGUCGUCCAUGCUGUUCGUUUGUUCACCAACCAGCGCACUCAUUGGCGGGUUUUCUAUCCCUGAGCUCGUUUCCUCUAACUGUGCAUCUAUUCUUUCUGUUCCGGGUAGCUGUUCAUUUGGUACCGGACUUGUUCGACGACUCAAGUGCUCGAGUGUUUGCGUCAUCUGUUCAGGAGCUUUACCCGCGAUAGCAGUAACUGACAUUUCGGGAGAUUCUCCCUCUUUAACCCCCAAUAUUACCUCCGUCGUGAUGUGCUUUUUUGCAGAAUCCGGUGUGUUGGGUUCUGAACUGGUUAUAGUAAUCUGUUGUACUGCCUCAAGACGCUCAAUACCUGGUUCUUGUGAGUGCCUGACGAUUGACAACUGCUCAGUAAUUUCGUAGUCAGUUUUGCUUGGCGUAUCUCGUUUCACUCCUUCGUCCUGUUCAGUACUUGCCAACUUCACCUGCUCCAAUAAUUCGUUCGCCGAUUUUUUCGUUAGGCGUGAAAUUUCCUCUUCCGUGAGCUCUGUUACAGAUUUCUCUUCAAGUUCCUCACUAGCAAGUUUACUCUCACCGAUUUGUCGGUGUUCAUUCAAUUCUUCAACAGUGGGUAGAUGUGACUCCGUUUGACUAGGCUGAACCUCCGGUCGCAAUGCCUCUGCCGAGGGGCCUUCCUUGUCCAUAUCUGCAGUGCUGUUCCCUAGAACAGCCGUUGCAGAUGAGGUCUGAGUAGCGGGUCGUUGAACUUCCAAUUCGCUUCCUUCGUGCGCUGUACUGGGUUGCUCGGUCAAGUGAACAUCUGCAUCGGACUUGCUAACCUCCCGCUUUAAUUGCAUCGGUUGUUGCGCUUCCAUAUCUGUUUGCAUGACUAUUGUAUUCUCCUCUGACUGUCCUUCUCUUUUUCCGGUUUGUACUCUUUCCUUUGUUGUCUCAGUGAAAGGAAUCGUAUCAGCAGCUGCCAGUGUAUCAGGUAACUGGUCAGUUGUAGAUCCCAAACGCUUGGAUGGAACAUCAUCUAUCGAUAUCAUGUAGCUGUCUACCUUUUCCUGUUCUUGCAUCAACAGUUGAAUACCUGCAGUGCCCGUCAUGUCUUCUUGUAAUACCCGUUCUUCAGACUCUGCACUGAUCGUUCUCCUGGAUACGUGUGUGCUCAGCAUUUCCGGCGCUUCCUCAGUCUGGUCUUUUGGCACCAAGUGUUCCAACUCGCCUGUCUUAGCAACCGACAUCCCAAAAGUCAUUUCAGCCACUUCUCGCACCUCCUUGAUGGGUAUUUCGUUCAUUGUCUCCGGAGUUAAUACAUCUUUCCUGUCCUCUAAUGGCUCGCUUACGUCUUUUUGUUCCCGUUCAACCGCUUUGACAGUUAUUUCCAGAGUUAAACUCGGUGUAUGAAGUUCCGUCCUAGUUACACUGUCUGGUAUUGUUAUGGUCAAUUCCGUCGAGAAUGUUUGUAAUUUAUCCUGUCCUCGUGACUGUGUCUGUUGCUGUUCUCCCACCUCGGUUUCUCGUUCCGACACGAUAGCCGUUCCAUCAGUUGCAGGGGUUACUUCCUUUAGCAAACUAUCUCCGAUGGUUUGUUCACUAAGAGGCGAGAUAGCUAAUUCACCGGGCUCUAUGGGGGUUUGCGCAUCCUGUUCUUCUGCCUGACCCACGUCUACUGGUGAAAGUGUCUUCUCUGGAAUUUCACCUUCAGGUUCUGGGAUCGCUGGUUCUUCAGUCCCCAUGAUUCCCUGUUUACCUUCCGUUUGCUCCACCGGAGCUUCGAUGGUUGGUGACGGGGCCUCUUCCGGAAUUUGUUCUUCUUCCUGACCCUCUACUGGUGGGGACGUUUUCUCUGGAAUUUCACCCUCAGGCUCUGGGAUUGCUGGUUCUUCAGGCCCUGUGAUUUCCUGCUUACCUUCCGUUUGCUCCACCGGAGCUUCGGUGGUUGGUGACGGGGUCUCUUCCGGAAUUCGUUCUUCUGACAGACCCACAAUGGUUGUCGGGGGCGAUAUUUUAUCUUCCGUUGUGUUGAUGAACUCAGCAUUGGUCACCGUAGUUUGCAUAGUUACACCUGGCGUGACAUGAGUUUCGAUCUUUUGUUCAACUUGCACAAUUUUCCCAUUCACCUCAACGGGUCCCACGAUCACUUGGUGCUUAAAUUCUACGGCCGGAAGUCGGUCUUCGUUUUCUGGCUGAAACACUGGCUGUGCGAGUUGAACCGUACGAACCGGUGCUUCAAUUGGCAGGCAGACGCCUUCAGCAGUUUCCAGGAACACCUCGGUUGUCAACUCCAGCCUUGGAUUGAAUGCUUUCUUUAUUUUAUCGGUCGUUUCGUCCAGCGUUUCAACAAAAUCUUCAAGUACAUCGGCGUGGCUCACAACACGCAGUUUUUGUUCCGGGGAUGUUGGUGGCCUAAUUUCGUCGGCUUUACCUUUUUUCAUCCCAGUUGGUCCCAAAUAACCACCUUCUUCGGUCAUAUCUUCAUGUUGUGGUCCAAGCUGCUUUUCAGACGAUACCCCCUGUUUAGGUUGGCCCCUCUCAGUGGUGCCUGACAGAGGACUUGCAAUCUCGGGUAGAUCAAUUGUGGGUUCGGGUGAACUUGUUUCCUGUGGUGAUGUUAGGAAACUGAAAGCCGCUGACGGUUCAAGAGGUGCUCCUCCAUCCAAUGGACUCGCCAGUCCAUCGGUUCUGUCAGGGUAGAACGACGUAUCUGGUUUAGAUGAAGGACUAGGGGCUUUUGACAAAUCUCCAGCUUCUGUUUUCCCGAUCAUUUUGGCCAAAGCAGGUAUGCUGCUGUGAAAUCCAGCCCUAGCAUCCACUGACGUGUCCCGCUGUACUCUGAAAUCGUCGUGAAGUGCACGCAACCCACCGAUCCUUUCCGGUUGAGCAGCUCCCUGAAUCGCGACUGAUUGCUCAUUUGCCACAUGACCUGUCGCUGAAGAGACUAGUAUCGAUGUUUUUGUGGUCGUUUGUAUGUCGUAGCCACUGUUUUCUCGCUCUCCGGUAGUCGGACUACUCGGUUGUGAGGGUAUUCGAACUUCAACUGAGAUUUCCUGUUUCCCACUCAGACCUAGUGGUGUUCUGCGAAUCGACUCGAUUUCUUGUGCUUUUGGUCCCUGUGACAAUUCUGGCUGAGUAAGAGGGGAACCGGGUGUAUUCGUCUGAGGCCCAACAGUCAAACUGGUCUUCGCCUUCAACCGUAUAUCCGUUGUACCUGAGAGCUGGCGCUGUUCGUGUUCGAUUCUUCUACUCUCACUCUCUAAUGUCGUUACAUUGUUCAUCCAUGAGGUAGUUCCUAAUCCACUUGAUUGGCGACCAGUGUAGAAAGUUUCCUGUUCCACCGAUACUUGGGUACUUCCGGAAAGAAGCUCGUUAGUUGGGGAAACGGUCCCACCUCUCAUAGGGCUGCUCAGCCGUAUGCUGGCUCUGAACGAGAAAUUGGCGCCUUUCUCAUGCCUAGUAGAGCUAACCAGGCCUCUUUCGACUGGUAUGGGGGAGGUUGAAAUUAAUCCAGUUGUGGUCGGACCUAUCUGGACACUGCUUUGUGGUACCGCUCCCAUGGAAACGGUAAUUGGGUUCCUUGUUUGUUCCCCUAUGUCCACGCUGGAUGAUAUAUGAAUGUUACCGUCUGUCAUCACCUUGGCAACCUGAGCAAGUGAAACCUCCCCAUCUUCAGCGCUCUCGUUGCCACCCUUCGAUAGUGUAUUCGAGGCCAUGGUAGGUGUACUACUAUGUAGUUUUGUCACUGCAGUGCUUAGUGCUUUUUCUGUGAUCUGGCGGGCCAUUUUUGUUUGAUUUCCAUCUGACCCACUUGUAGACGAUUCCUCAUUUGGUGAAUUGGGUCGAAUAUCGGAUCCGACGGUCGUACUUAGAACUGAUUUAGGUUCGGUGGACACGUCCAAGAGAUAGGAGCGUGUUUCGUCCCUGAGCACUUGUCCGUCGCGUUUAAUCUUCUGUGAGAUCGUAAUGUGAACUGGUGUUGUCGGUCGGCUGUGUCCUAUACCAUUCGAACUUCCUGGUGUGUUCGCACCACCGGCUGGAGUUGGCAAAUUGCUGUUACUUGACCCACCCACGUUGUGAUUCGAUGGCACAAGCCCGUCUUUGGCUUUGGUCCUGUGCAACUGGAUAGGAGUCUCGGAUCUCUCUGCAAGUUUGUAGCCUGUUGCUGAAGUGGGAAGCGCGCUAUCUGAGUUGGUCCGGUUCGAUGCGUGAAUAGUAGAGGUAAUUGACCAGUCCAGAGGACUGGUCGGUCUUGAAUAUUCUCUGUCCAUAGUGUCUUCCGUGGGUGGUUUGGUCAAAUGCAAAAUCCGAAUCCUUGAACCUUUUGCAUCCCCAGUAUCGACAAAACGAGGCAAAAAUGUGCUACUGCCAGUAGCUGAGCUGGUGGCAAUAGAUAAGUCGGGUGACCAUUUGUACUGGAUGUGAUUUGCGCCUGUACUGGAUGAGCGUACUGGUCUCCUCCCAUUUCUCAUACGCAUUGACAGUAAAAUACUGAUCUUUUCAUCUGUUAGGCUCUCUGUCUCGUCGCACGCUUCAUGGGUGUGACGCCUGGGGAACUUUUCUGCUGCGAUAUUUUGGGUAUCCAUAAUACCAUCUUCGCUAACUUUGCUGGCCAGUACAUCUUCCAUCGUCAUACUUCUUGCUUGUGUGUAUUCCUUUAUAACCGGAUUGCAACGCUCCUGUUCAUUCGACAUUGGCAGAUAUCCGGUCAGAGAUGGUUCCAGACUUGGCGAAGGUCUCCCUUUGCCAUCUUCAAUCGGGUGACUAAUGGUUAAGUCGAAUUCAUGAGUUAGUAUCUCUAUCGUUUCGCCUAAUUUGUCUGAGGGAGUCAAGUGGAGUGCAGUCGGAGUUUGCCUAUCGUGAUCUUCCAUCACCUUUCCGGUCCCGUAGCCUGACUCAUGUGCAGCGUUUUCGGGAACUUCCUGCAGGUGAACAUAUACGUCCAUCUUUGCCAUAUUUUCUUCAACUUCAAGCAGUUGUGUUUCUACACGGAUUUCUGCUCGUGUUGUUGAUCUAUCCGCCGAACAGUCAGGAGGUUGCACGUAGCGCGCGUCGAGCAGUACUUCGAUCUCUUUAGUAUCAACGGCAAUCCCCGUUUCCACUUCAUGUUCUGACCGAAAUCUUUCGUUCACUGCGGUUGCUCUGACUGAUGGUGACGUUAUAUCUUGAUCUGUCUGACCCUCUAAGUUGCGUUCUUCCGCGACCACGCUCUCACAAACUAUUUGCUCCUGUCUCGUCUGUGCUUUUAUUGUAUCAGAAGCACCCAUUUGGUCAGCUGUUCCAUCUGACUGCUGUUUCUCUGGAAGCUUAGUUAUAAUGUUAGGGCCAAUGAUCAGUUUGGUUUCUUCUGGUUGUUCGUGCUCAAUUGAGUUGACCCUAUCAUCAACUCGAAAGGUACCCUCUCGUUUUCCACGGAACGUGACAUCUACUUCCUCCAUACAGUCCGAUCUCAUAACGAUCCCGUCGUUCGAAGUCCACUGUACCACGUAGUUACCUUUCAGUAAAUUGCGACUAGCCGACACAUCUUCUGUGAAAGAUCUACCUGCGGACGACAAAAUGGAGCCCUGUUCAGGCAACAGACUAAGGCUCUUUUCCAAUUGCAUUGGACUAUCCCGGCUAUCAUCUAUUGUUUGUUUAUCCUGUUCAGCCAUAACCAGUGCAAUGGGUCCUCCAGAUUCAGUUUCGAGAUUGUACAGUUGUGGAUAUUCACUACCCAAUGGUGUCACAGUUUUUGCGGUUUGGUGAACGCCGAUGUGGACUGCCUUAGGGGGUUUUACAGGACUCACAAGAAGCUGGUCAAAAUGAACUCCCACUGGUUCUGGUGAAGUCACUCCUCCUUCUAGGGCAUUGUUGAUAUCUGAUGGUUGCACAUUUCCUCCCGGUCUACUAAAGUGCUCCGCAUCCAUUUCGAAACCUCCACUGGCUAGCAUCGCCUUCCCGUCCCGGUACAAAGCAAAAUCAUUUUCUAUUUUCAUUGUGAGAUCGAUGUUUAUUGGCCCGUUCUGACCAUCGUUCACUUGUUCCAUACUUGGUUCCAAAUGUGCUGGCAUGCUGACUGCAUACAUUCCAUCAGCUUCUAGGAGUGGGUUAUUUGGAACAUAUGUCGUGGGGUCCGAACAAGUUGUUAGCAUGGUUUGUGUAACUAGGUUCAUGUCAAUUUUUGUUGGAUUAGGCAGACCUGGGUCCACCACAGCUGUAGAUUUCACCAUUACCCUUAACAACGGUGUCGGUGGCCUUUUCUGAAUCUCUGCAUCACCCGGGCCAUUUGUUAGUUGGCUAGGUUCAAUAGCUUUAUCGGCCGUAUGCUGGUAUCUAGGCCGGUCAUCUAUGAGAAUUACCCUGUUAGCUAAAUCUCUGUCUUCGUUGGCCCGUCCUACUCCCAUAGACCUCCCCUCGGCAUCUUGACUGGGGGUCAAUACUUUGUCCGGUUUCAUGGCCCUUUCAAUUUGUUGAUCUUUUUCCGUUUUCCCAGCUGACGGUCCUUCACGUGAUUUUUUAGCUGGUUCAUCCAGCUCGGAAUGAUCUUGCUCGUCAAGUUCAGAGCCUAGCUCAUUGACCAACUGUGUUUCCAUGGCGACCACAUCGUCUGUCUCUAAUAUUACUGGGUAUGCUUCAGUUGGGCCUUCAUUUGCGAACAUGGAGAUCAUGUCUGCCUCUUCUGUAUGUUGUAGGACUUCCAAUUUUGAUACCUCUGACGGUUCAAGAACAACCAUUUUAUCUCUACUGAGUUGUCCACGAGUACUCGCCACAGUUUGGCGAGUCUCGUCAACCCACCAUUUCCCCCCCUCCCAACGCAUCUCUGUGGUUUUCUUCGUUUGCGGUUUCGUCCCCUCUAUCCUUUCUUUCAUGUUCAACUCCACAUGAAUUUUUACGUCGAGACCCUGAAUUGCGUCAUCAUACUUCGCAAUAUCAAUGCUUUCUUCCACCAUUGGUUCGGUAGUUUUUACUUCUUUCAAAUUGCGUGCAUCCGUUCUUGUUUCCUUGGCGACCACGUCUUCUAACAGUGGUUCGGUAUUCCUGGUCAACAUAGUUGUCACUUUGUUCCCAUGACUAUCGUCUUCACUGUUUCCAGAAAUGAGAUUGAUAGUCAUAUUAGGUAACCGUACUUUACCUUCUUGAUCUAUUGGAGUUGACUGGUCGCAUUGCACUCUGAUGUUUAGCUCCAACCCAACGAAGCCAGAUGCUGUUGGACCAUCUUGUAGUUGUGAAUCCAGCUCGCGUGGGAACUCAGCCAUUUCCAUUUCAGCAUUGACAGUUGUUGUAGGUGGAUUGUGGUUCUUGACAGUCUCCGGGACUUUCAACGGACCUUCCAUAGUUGGCCGUAUUGGAUUGGAUAUGAUCUCAGGGGACAAGGUUUCUCGAUUUUUAGGAUCGAUCAUAUCACCAUCUUUGUGACCAGAGUUUACAGUUUCUUCGCCUAUCUGCGCUCUGUUGUCACUAACCUCUACUGUGAGUGGUUGCUGCAUUUCUUCCGCUUUCCCGAGUGGUUGUCCGCUAGCUGCUUUUGGCCGUGUACUGAACACAACCAUCUCAGGUUCCUCAUCAUCAUUAAAACCCGUUUCAGUUAUUCCCCUGGCUGUUGUGUCACUAAUUCUGGCAAUUUCGUUCGGCAAACAAAUUUCACUUGCAGAAGUUCUGUCUCUGUGAGUGACCAGUCCGUCUACUGAUCUUCCGACCAUUUGGUUGAGCUGUGAUUCGGUAUUCUGCCUUAUCGCUUGUCCCGGAUCUAUGUACGAACUGCUUCUAACCAGCACAACCUGAUCUGGUGAUGCUUGCUCUUCACGAAGUUGAUCAAUGACUUCGGCGCACUCUGAAUUUCGUUGAACAAGUCCUGUCACAGUUGCUUUUUGAUCGGUGGUCGUUUCUCGAUCCUUGUGAAGUUCAGUUGUGUUUGCCUCUGUAUUCUCUGCCGACCCCGAUCCAUGCACUUCAAACGCAUCUACGCAUUCCACGUUCGCUGACCCUUCUUCGGACUUCUCAGCCUUAAUCAAGUUGAUACUGAGUCGUUUUUCAUGUGGUCUUGGAGGGUAAUACACACUGCUACUUGGUUGUGGUGACGUUACUUGAAUAUCCGUUUCAACCGUUACACUGAAAUCGGGUGACAAGGGUGGGCUAUGAAUUAUGAUCUCUUGUCUUAUUUCCACGCUCAUUGGCGAUUGUACGUUGGCGCCUUCGGUCAGUACUGAACUUGGUUUUGGUGGUAACGGUGGCGGUGAUGUCCCAGGGUCUCUCUCGUUAUUGUCUUCCUUUCCUCCCUCCGUCGGUGCUCUUUCAUAAUUUCCUUCUUCUAAACCGUGUUUCGCCUUGUCCGUGGUGGCAGGGACGGUUUUUGAAUGCCAUUUGUGGUGUAUUCUCGCCCCAUCAUCGUCUUCUGGAUCAUGGUUCACUGCUGGGUGUUCAUUUGGUUGUGUGAUCAUUGCAUCCUCCGUCCUGGAACUCGGUUGGCAUGUCGUGGGUCCACUGAAAAUGGCCAUCUCAGAAGGGCAGAGCGCUGUAUAUGUUUCUAUUUGCCUCAUAUAGCCGGAUGUACCAUCAGCCGGUUGCUCUAAUUUAUUUGCAUGAUAGCAUGAUACUGAUUCUGGACCUUCCUUGCAUUUGUUGUCGGAUUUCGAUUGGUUCAGAGGUGAAUGCAUUUCGAUAGGAAUGCUGUCAUUCAGUAUCUGAAUAUCGCUGCCACCUGAUGAUGAAGACAUUGUGACCUGAAUGACCUGCAUGAUGCUGUCCAUCGGCCGGCUACCACCACACCCUUCGGUUUCGGUUAUCCUUGAGAAAGAAUUGAUCAGCGUUGUCUUGGAUUCAUCAGUAACCUGUUGAUUUUGUAAAUUGUCCGACGCUCCUGAGGAUUGCAUUCCAGACGUACCGAUGUCGACAACACUGGUCUCGGCCAUAUCCACCCUGCACAUCCAAACUCUGUUUGAUGCCGGUCUUGUACUGAUUUGCUCUAAUUCUAGUGUGCUCACUUCCAAACUAGCCUGUCUUCUAUGUUGCUCCGUAGGCAGUACCGUAUCCUUCAGUUCCAAUCCUGUGAUUAAUUUGUCUGGAGUUUCGCAACUCGAAUGAACAGCGAGACUGUCGUUAGCUAUUCGGCUGCCUGCGUUUGGCAUUACAUCCAACCACUGAGUAUUUCGCGGUGAACCGUCCGGUAAUGUCACUCUAAUUUGUUGUGUAGUCAUGUUCAUCUCGUUGGUCUCUACUGCAUCCCUACAUGAAGUCGGGGUCUUGUCAUGUUCACCGUAAGCUGGAGGAGUUUGAUAUAAUGUAAUUGUACUGAAAGGUGUCAUUCGCACUUGCGGGCUGGACGGAUAUAGUUCAAGACCUUCAUGAGUCUCCAUGCCUGCCAACGCUGACAUGGCAUUCUCCAGACUGGUGUAGUAGGUAGUGGUAUUUGUGUCGAUGCGCCUCAACUCUCUAGACAUUUGGACAGCAGUUCGGAACGUUGGUGAUAUAUCCUCUUGUGCGCUCAGCCUGCUUCGCGACUGGUCGUUGAAUUCCUGUUGAAAGUCUAAACUGAUAUCCAUUUGACUGGAUAAAUCUGGUGGCCCUGAACUCGGUACCCGAUACAUUUUUACACUAUCGCCAAGAAUUGGACUAAAGCGCUGUGAUGAAUCAGGUUCCUUUUUGUUAGUGUUGUCCUUAAAGUAUAAUUCUUCGACAACAGAUGGUGUGUACGUACCUUCCGAUGUUGGAAAACCAAGUAAUCCGCGUGCACAAUCGAACAGACCAGUAAAAAGUACACCCGAGCAGGCGCUAUGAAUAUGACCGACGUCACCUAUUUGCAAGCCUUGCCUGUGUGGUUGAUCGGUCACACAAAGUGUGCAUACUCGUUUGACGUGCUCCGACCGUGGCAGGGGAUACAGUCGAAAGGGUCUACUCGUCGUUGGAUAGGAAAAUGUCCGUCUUCGAUGACUUCCCUUCUCCAUAUACCUCCAAUGACAACAUAUUCCACCUUCUUUAAGUUCACGGAAUCCCGCUUGUGUGAUUCGGUAUCCCGCAGGUAGAGAUACGACCCGUUCUUGCGUGGUAUGAUCUAGAUGUAUUGUUGACUCGAUAUCAUGCGUGUUCGUCGGCAUCUCUCCCGAAGAUCGUACGUGUACAUUGGAUUGUGUGGUUUGACCACUGUACGGUUGCUGUUCCGGUGAGACGGACCCCGUAUCCGAAGUAUCAUCCGGACUAUUAUUGUUGCUCUGAAUGGAACAGUCACCCAAUAACUCGGCCAGUUUUGGCGCGACCGAUGAACAAGCACA